AUGAUCACUGAUCGUCCUUUGCUUCACGUAGUUGUAACAGCAAUCGCCGGUUCCAUCGACCUGCGUACUUACGUCAGCCUCUUCACAUCAGCUGAUGGCAGAAUCUAUUUGAGUUUACCGGAUUUGGGAGUAGAGAAAACAUGGUUACUCAAAGACCUCAUUAAAGCAGCAGAUCGACUAGCCGCUGAAUACCCUGUCGAAGAAGAUCAACCUCCGUCACUGGAGUUGCUGGUGCCUAUCGCUCGAAAGCUCUCAGGCUCUUGUGAAGAGCAAUGUGGUGUCCAACAUCUGGCUAUACUAGCCUUCUGGUACCUCUUGCUUGGCGUCGCUCACAGGAAGAGGUAUGUUUCAUGUUCUACUUAG